AUGACUAAUCAUGAUACACAAAUUGAAAUGAAAGAACAACCAAUUGUUCCUCAAGUUGAUACUCAAACACUUCAAACAGAAAAUCAAAAUAUGGAAAAUACAUUAAGAAAUACAACAGAGGUAAAUACAAAUAAAAAAGAAAUUGUACCAUUACUUCAAGUUAUUAAUACCACGUUUAUUUCAGCUGGAUUUCUUGUUUUUUUGUUAUUAGCAGUUGGUUGUUUUGUUAUAAGUGUUUUUGUACCAGUUCCAUAUAAAACAAAUGAAACAUCAGUUUGGAAAUGUCAUUGUACUGAAGACACAUUAUAUCAUAAAGAGUGUUGUGAUGGAGUUAAUUUAAUGGAAACAGAAAAAUUACGUCUUCAAGUCGGACCAUUUACUUUACUUAAUGAAGAAUUUAGAUUAGAAGGAAUUUUUAAAAACUUAAAACCCGACCAAUAUAUUGGAGGAGAGAUAGACUUUUUAAUUGAUAUUAAGGGAAUAGAUACAAUGGGACAAAGUGAAAAAUUAGUUAAGCAAUAUCCAAUAGAUAUAAGAUUUGAUUGUAAGAAAGAUGAUUAUAAUUGUAAUAAAUUUACAUUUUUUAAAUACAAAUUAUUAAUAUAUGAAUAUUAUAAUAUAACAAUGAGUAUUAGCCACACUACAUUUGACUCAAAUCAAUUAGGAGAUUUAAUAUUAUCAUUAAGAACUGUUAAUCAUAAAUAUAAUUUUUAUGAAAUUGGAUGGAGAUUUGUGUUUAUUAUAUUAUCUUGUAUUGUUAUGGGACUUUUUACUUUUGUUAGUAGAAAAUAUGUUUAUAGAAAUUGGCCUGUUGAAAACAAAUUAACAUUUUUAUUAUUGUUUGUAUUAAUUUUAUUUAAUAACCCAUUCUUUACUUAUGAAUAUGUAUUUGCUUCUUCACUGUUUGUUUUUUGGAAAAUUAUUAUCACUUCUAUAUUUUGUGUGUUUGUUGUGUUUUAUGUUCUUGUUAUAUUUGAAGCAUUACGUAAACCAAUAUCUUGGAGAAAAAAUAUUAAUUUUUGGAUUGGAAGAAUAUUGUUCUUUUGUGCAUUUAUAUUAGUUAUAUUAAUUACAUUACUUUAUAAUACAACUUAUUCUAUAACUGAUAUUAAUUACAAACCUUUAAAAGAUAUUCCAAAUAUUGUUUUUUGUGUUGCUGAUAUUAUUUUUGCUGUUAUUUAUUUUAUUUGGUUAUGUUUUUCUGUUAUUCGUUCCUUUAGUGAAGCUAAAAGAGUUGGUAAUACAAAAAGAAUUUAUACUUUUGGAAUAUUGGUUAUAACAUCAGUUAUUAUAUUUGUUCUUCUUCUUGUUGUUGCUUUUUUCCUUGGAUUUGAAAAUAGUGCUACAACUUAUUUAUCAACGUUGUCAUAUGGUAAUUUGUUUAUUUGGUUAUUAUCCAUUUUUUAUAUUCCAAAACCAACUCGUCCAAUUUGGGACAAAGCAAAAACUAUUCUUGUUGAACAAGAUGACAUUGCCCAAUACAAACAAUUACCUGAAGAUAUUGUUGAUGAAACUAUAGUCAAUACCCCUCGUUCUGGUUCUAGUGAUAUUGAAUAA